CACGCGCGUUUCCUGUUCCGGGGUCGAUAGUGUGCGUCGUGUGUGUGUUUAUUCGCUUGUGUGUGUGUGUGAGUGUGAUGAUGAUGAUGGCGGAGCUGGUGCAGGGACAGGCCUCGGUGGCCCAGACCGGGAUGAAGGACGGAUUCACGGACCCCUUCCACCGCGCGCGACAGAUGGCUAAGAUGGGAGGAGAGCAGAUGCAGCAUCUGAAUAACUCGUCUCCGGUCGUGGACGCCUCUCUGUACGGCUACGGGGCGCCCAAGCGCUCGCUGGAGGAAGGAGUGGCUAACCAGCUCGGUGCAAUGGUACACGGUACAAGGGCUAUAAUAACAGAAGACUUCAAAGUGCCUGAUAAGAUGGUUGGGUUCAUCAUUGGACGAGGAGGUGAACAGAUCACAAGAAUCCAGCUGGAGGCGAACUGUAAGAUCCAGAUCGCUGCUGACAGUGGAGGAAUGAUGGACCGGCCAUGCACCCUGACUGGGACUCCAGAGAGCAUCGAGCAGGCCAAGAGGUUACUGGGGCAGAUCGUGGACCGCUGUCGGAACGGACCGGGCUUCCAUACUCAGAUGGACGGGAACAGCGCCGUCCAGGAGAUCCUGAUCCCGGCCAGUAAAGUGGGCCUGGUCAUCGGGAAGGGAGGCGACACCAUCAAACAGCUGCAGGAGAGGACCGGAGUAAAGAUGAUCAUGAUUCAGGAUGACCCGAUGCCCACCGGAUCAGACAAACCCUUGAGAAUCACUGGAGACCCUUAUAAAGUCCAGCAAGCGCGGGAGCUGGUGGUGGAGAUCAUCAGGGACAAGGAUCAGGGAGAUUUCCGGAGCGGCCGCAGUGACUUCGGCUCCAGACUGGGCAGCAGUCUCGACGUGGCAGUGCCCAGAUUCGCCGUGGGAAUCGUCAUCGGCAGGAACGGGGAGAUGAUCAAGAAGAUCCAGAACGAUGCAGGAGUCAGGAUCCAGUUUAAACCAGAUGAUGGGAUGAGUCCGGAUCGGAUCGCUCAGGUCAUGGGUCAACCAGACCGCUGUCAGCACGCGGUCCACCUCAUCAACGAUCUGGUGCAGACGGCACAGGAGCGCGAUGGGUUCGGAGGACCGGUUGGACCCAGAGGUCGAGGCAGAGGUCGUGGUGACUGGAACAUGGCUUCUCCUGGAGGACUACAGGAAGUGACCUACACAAUACCAGCUGAUAAGUGCGGCCUCGUGAUCGGGAAAGGUGGAGAGACUAUAAAGAGCAUCAACCAGCAGUCCGGAGCUCAUGUGGAGCUGCAGAGAAAUCCUCCUCCCAACACCGAUCCCAACGUGCGGAUCUUCUCCAUCCGUGGAUCUCCUCAGCAGAUGGAGAUGGCCAGACAGCUGAUCGACGAGAAGAUCGGGGCGACUGGGAUGGGAGGAAGCAGCAGUUUCGGACUCAGUCCUUUCACCCAAGGACCAGCGACUCCUCAUCAGAAUGGUCCGCAGACGUUCAUGACGGGAGGCUGGGGAACCACGUACCAGACCUGGCAGCCUCAGAGCCAGCAGGACCCUGGUCACAAUGGAUCUCAGAGCGGCCAGAUGGACUAUUCCAAAGCGUGGGAGCAGUAUUAUAAAAAGCUAGGCAAGUGCCUCAGCGUAAACGUUUCCUCUGAAGCUUUGGGUCAGCAGAACCAAGGCCAGAGCAGCGGCUCCGACUACAACAAAGCAUGGGAGGAGUAUUACAAGAAACAGACUCAGGCCGCCGGUCCCGGGUCUCAGCAGAGCUCUCCUCCAGACUAUAGCGCCGCCUGGGUGGAGUAUUACAGACAGCAGGGGGCGUAUUACGGCCAGGGACAGACUCAGGCUCCCGGCCUCCCGGUUUAGUGUGUGUGGACCCUGACGCUGUGUUUUCUCCUCUGCCGCCGCAGGAUCAUUAAAGCGGUCGACUGCACACCCUUUAGUUGAAGAUUUUUGAAUCACUGCGAGGAGGAAACAGACCUUUUGUAACAGAGGUUUCUAGAUUUGCAACGCCUUGAAGACUUUUACUUUUUUUCUUAGUGAGAAACACUAGCUGUAGAAUGACUUAUAUGAUUUAAAAAGAGAACUAUUUCUAAAUCAGGACAUCAAAUUGUUACUAAAUACUUGUGUACACCAUUAUUCACACGGGCGAUUUCCGGGAUCCCUUUUGGACCGUUUCAGAGUUGGUUUGUUUUCUAUUCUUCCUUUUUAAUUCUACGAUAUAUAUAUAUAGAUGUGUAUCGCCAAAAUGAACCCCGGGGUCGCGGCGUUUCAUCGAUCGCGCAAUAUAAUCUCUUAUUUUUCUAGUUCUGUUGCAAUAAAAUGAUCGAGGGCUUAGCAGUCUUGAAUUGUUAUCGUUUUGUCGUGAAAUGUUUUAAGAAUGUGUACAAAAUGUUUUCUUUCUUUGUUUUUCUUCUACAUAAAGCAUUUUAAUUCAGUGCGAUGAAAAACUGUGAUGUUUUUGUUACCGAAAUAUAUGCUUUUGUUACACGAGAAACGCAACGCCGCCGAUGAUGUAAUUCCUCAUGUGCUUUGUAUUGUUUUCAUUGUCAUUUUAUUGUACUCUGGUUUAAAAAAAGGUGCAAUAUCUUAUUUCAUUUUUUUUUUUUUUUUUUUGGAAACAAAGAUUGAUUUCUCUAAUAUUUUGACAGACGUUUAACUUGUAGUUUUUUGUAGUCGUAUGCAAAUGUAACGGAUAAUUUUUUAUUACGGUGAUUUGGCGGGAAAAGCGUAUCGUGAGGUGUUUUUUUUGCCUUUGCUCUCUUGUAAAACUAUGUAUGUAUGCUCAGAUACUUGAUUAAAUACUUUAUUUAAAAUAUAUAUAUAAUUAAAUCAAAGACUUCUUUUGUCCUGCAUUUUUACAGGAAAACGGUCCCUGUUUUUCUGUUGUUUUCAUACUGAAAUUUGUCAAAGAUUGUGAAUGUGUAAUUUGAAAUUUGAUGUUGCAUCUUGCUGACGGAUGAGAAGUUUUAUGUGUGUGUAGUUCUGUAAACUUCGACUUUAAAGCGUUCAAGACUGCUAAGCCUCGGAGAGCCUACCUGUGUAUUAAUUACUUGUAGUUUUUUAUAUUCGGAGUAUUGGAAGAUCAAACGUUCUCGUCUUCUUUGAUCCCGCCGGUCUCUCCCUCCAUCAGUACACACUGUACAGUCCCGAUCCCUCACUUUUUAAUUCAGAUUUUGCUUUCUACUCUGUGUGAUCUAAUAUAUGUAUGAUUGAUUAGUUACAAAUUGAUCUAGUAUUAACUUCAUUGCUUAAUGAAAAGGGAUAUUAUAAUUUCAAAAUGUUUAAUUUUAGUGUUUCUUUCUUCCUCAUGUGUACAGGUAACCAUGUAUUAAAAUGAUUGAAAGGCUA